AUGCACGCAGUCCGUCUUGGAAUCGAUCCAGCGAUCCCGCGCCGCCGUCGGCGUACCCGUCGAGCCCUGCUUGUGGAAUCGUUUGCGGCGCUUCAUAUCCACACCAGGCCAUCAUCGAAGUCGACCCGAAAGUUCCGGCCUUUCCAACGCCUUUUGCCUCGAAUCCAACCGCCGCCCGCUUGCAGUAUUUCGUUCCCCACCCAAGCCCCCCGGCUUCGAAUCGACAUAACCACGAAAAUUCGCUUGACAGACUCACGAACUCGAAGCCAGACUUUCCGUCCAACCCAACACCGGGGAGUACGCGUGCUUUGCCGGCCAGACCAAUCUGCUCGCGGAUUGCAGCAGUUGCUUCGGCCUGUGCUGCGUCGCACUCCCCUUUUCCAAGUCCUCCGACUUCGCGACCAACAAGAAUGCCGGCGACCCUGCGAGAACCUGCAGCAGGAUUUCCGUUGCGGCAUUCACACCGGAUUGCGAAAGAAGGGCUUCACCGGUUGCACCGUGUACGACUGUUUCGGUGCGGGACAGAAGGUUUCACAGCAGACCUACGACGGCAUCAGCUGGCGCGAUGCCCCCGGAGACCGCGUCAGACAUGUUCGAAACGUUCCCUGUCGUACGCCAGUUGCACGAACUGCUCUGGUAUCUCGCCGAAGCCCGCUCGCUGAAGCAAACCCACUCGAUACGAAAGGAACUCGACGCUGCACUCGCAGAACGGAAAGCCUGACCAACGGCACGCCUUCGCAGAUUCAAGCCGUCGACGUCUCAGCACACCGAGCGACUGUCAACACACUGCUCUUGCAGACGAGUGACCUUUUCCAGAUCAACGCGGCGGUUGGCGAUUCGGUCUACCACACUCCCGAUUCACUGACCUGCCCCAGCCACUGGGCC